AUGUCCCUUCCUGCAACAUUCAAGCAAGCGGUGUUCCGCUCUGCUGGAUCACCGCUCGUGAUUGAAGAGAGCCCUCUCACUCCUCCAGGCGACCGUCAGCUCCUUGUCAAGGUCGAGGCUUGUGGCGUUUGCUCCUCGGAUCGAUGGGCUCAGAAUAAUGUCAUGGGUGGUGGGUUCCCUAUCGUGCCUGGCCAUGAGAUUAUCGGCCGCGUCGCGGGCCUCGGAAAUGGCGUCUCGAACUGGAAAGUUGGGGAUCGGGUUGGUGGAGGCUGGCAUGGAGGUCACGACGGUACCUGCAGAGCCUGUGACAAAGGCUAUUUUCAAAUGUGCUCUGCCCAGCAGGUGAAUGGGGAGACCAAGAAUGGUGGCUACGCUGAAUAUUGUCUUCUCAACGUCGAAGCUGCGGUUCGGGUGCCCGAGCACGUCCCCGCCGCAAAAUACGCCCCCAUUCUCUGCGCAGGCGUCACCGUCUUCAACUCUCUCCGUCAUAUGGAUAUUACGCCUGGGGAGAUAGUCGCGGUGCAAGGGCUGGGCGGACUGGGUCAUCUGGCCAUUCAGUAUGCGCGGAAGAUGGGGCAUCGAGUUGUAGCCAUCUCGCGGGACUCGAAGAAGGAGAAGAUGGUCCGAGAGCUGGGCGCGCACGAAUAUAUUGACGAAAGUCAGGUUAAUGUGAGCGAGGAGUUGCAGCGGCUGGGUGGAGCCUCUUUGGUCAUGUCGACUGCGCCAAAUGCGGCGAUUAUCAGUCCUUUGCUGAAGGGGUUGGGAGUUCUGGGAAAGUUAUUGAUCUUGUCUGUGCCGGGUCCGGUGCCAGUGGACACCUCAAUCAUGGUCAAUAAAGGACUAUCGGUGCAGGUUUGGCCAUCAGGCCAUGCAACUGACAGCGAGGAUGCUAUUGCCUUCACCGAAUUGCAGGAUAUCAACUGCAUGGUGGAGGAGUUUCCGCUGGAUAAGGCCAAUGAGGCCUAUGAUGCCAUGGUGAAAGGAACGGUCAGAUUCCGCGCAGUCUUGACGAUGGAGUAG